AUGGCCCCUUCCUCUGGCCACAAGAAGACCACUAAGCUGGUUGUUCCCGACAACUUGGGCUCAACUAAUGCCUGUGUGCUCGAACCUUUGUGCGAUGACGAGCCAAAGGUCGAGCCCAAGUCUGAGCAGGGCAUCGCAAUCAGCGACGAGCCUGUCAAGAAGAAGCACACGUGGACGACCAGAUACCUGACAGAGUUUCCACUCGAAAACGUCUUCCGGGAGAUCUCCCAGCUCAAGGCCAGAUCAAAGUCUGGUCAAGGCUUCAAGCACAAGCAACAGACAUCGGCUCUGCUCCCAGGCAUCCUCCGCCUCCCUGUGGAGAUUCGCAACCAGAUCUAUGGCUACCUCUUCCACCAGCGACUCAUCACCAUCAAGCAGAACGAUGCUUGGCCAUACCAGAAGGGAAGCCCCCUUGUCGAGGCUAUCACUGAGUAUCGCUCGCCCGAUCGUCCCAAGGCUAUCAAGUGCAUCAAGAUCAUCCCCACUACCAAGCAGACCCCUGAAAGCGUCUACCGCAAGACGAUGAAAGCCAGAGGAGUCUCGUACGAUGGUAUUCCCGGCCAGAAACCGCAGCCCAGAGAAGGCAUCAUUUGGGAGACCACCCUCAGCAGUCUUCUCUAUACUUGCAAGGCCAUUUAUGCUGAGACUGGUCCUAUUCUCUACGGUACAACAGCCUUCUACUUUGACGAUGCUCAGCGCCUGAGAGCCUUCCUCAAGACCGUCUCCGACAGAAACCUUGCUUGCAUCACCAGACUGCACGUCCAUGUGCGUAUCUACGGCAUUCCUAACAAGGCCGCCGACAACGUCUGGGAACAGGAGCAUACACAGUGCUGGACCUCGAUCUUUGCCAAAAUCGCAAAGAAGAUGAUCAACCUCCGCGCAAUGAGGGUGACUCUGACUAUGAAAAAUGUCACUGACGGCUUGAAGCGCGCCUUCAGACCCAUCAAGCACAACACUGACUGGAAGAGACGUGCAGGCUACAUGCUCAUGCUACGUCCUCUCUCGAGCCUGUCCAAGUUGGACGACCUGCGUGUAUCGAUCAAGGCUACGGACAACAGCAUGCAGCAGUAUGACGAGAUGCUUCCCCUCCUGGUCUACAGAUAUUUCGAGCUUUCCAACAUCAAUCCAAGACAUGAUCUCCAGGGUAUGGUGAUGAAGAUCCACUGCAAGUUCUUCGAGGAUAUGCAAGUCGGACUUGAGCAGGCCAUGACGGAUGUUGCGCGUUCCAAGAACGUCAACGAGUCGUUCAAGUCUUUGGCUCUUGUCACCGUCGAGUACAUGGGUUUCUUUCUGGAUCCCAUUGGAUACAUGUUGAUCAGGGAGUUUCCCAAGAAGAAGAAGGAGGAGGAUUGA